AUGUUCUGGCUUCUGGAGGAAGGUGCUGAGAGAUAUUGGGACCUCACCCUGGCACUCAGAAAGGACUCAGUCAGUGUGUGCUUCAUUAAAUGUGUCUCUAGUGCUGCUCUCCUUAUGCUGCAUGUUUUUCCGGAAGUGAAAGUGCUGCUUAGCAUUGACUUUGAAUUGUUUUCAAAUGCUGCUGUCACUUGUCAGCAAAUUUGGCUCUUUCUACUGCUAGCACUGCAAGUAAGGCUGCGAGCAAAGGAGGUUCUCUCAUUGCCCUCGUCAUCCAGGAGCCACAUUGUGCAAAUCAGGGUGAGCGUUGACCUGCUCUUAAUGGAAAAGUGUGAUCGACUGCAGGAAAGUUGCUUUUCUGAAAAUGCAAUUUCGUGUCUCUAA